CUAAAGAGGUCUCAAAUUGUGAUCCGUUUCUUAUGUCCAAAGUCAACCAUACGGCAGAUGUGGGAAAUGUUGACUAUAUGGCACCGGAAGCCAUGACUAAAGAAUACAACCAUUUAAUAGAUAUCUACAGUCUAUCCCUAAUUGGGGCUCAAAUUUUAGGUUUCGAUACAAACGAUAUAAUCGACGGAAAUAUCGCAAAAACGGUUCAACAGAUUGGAGGCAAAGACCCGAAUGUUCGCACAAUAUAA